AUGGGGAGAGAAUUGAGGCUUGGGGAGUCCCUCGGGGGGCUGAGGAGGGACGGGAAGGCUGAGGGAAUGGAAGAACGGGGAGCGGUCCCCUCUGAGUUUCACGAGAAGAGCAUUACGAAGUGGAACGACCGGGACGACUCACGACGAGUUUCUUUCCUUCUGACAGCCGCUCAUCUAGAUUCGGCAGAGAGAAGUUCGUCGGGAGCAAUGAGAAGUUCAUCGGGAGCAAAUUUUGAUCGAAAGAAGCGUAAAGAACGUAGGGAAAGAACCGCUACGAUGCGGCUGCGCUACGUGAAA